AUGAAGUUCUUCAACCUCAUCACUCUGGCUGCUCUUGCCACUGCUGUUCCUCACGUCCGCCGACAGGAUACAAUCACUGGAACCAUCAAGAACGCGGCGAGUGCUAUGGCCGAUGAUACUAUGACGGCUAUUACAAAUAUUGAGAAUGCUGUUGAGGCUCUCAAGACCACCAACACUACCACCGGUGCAGCCCCAAUCCAGGCCCAAAACGCCGUCAAGGCCAAUGUUCAAGAGAUUGUCGAUGCUCUGAAGGCUGCCACCGCUGAGGUCAACCGCGUCACCACCGAGGCUCGAGGAAGCGUCGGUGCUCAAGCCGCUGGCUUCCAGAACGCGGACGUUGUUCAACUCACCACGUCUCUCAAAAACGUCGUGAACGUUAUCAAAGAGAUCGCCGCGACAGUGGGCAACAUCACUGAGAGCUUGACUCCCGAGCUUCUUUCUACCAUUGAUGCUGAACUCAGCGCUCUCAAGGACUCCAUCAACCCUCUUCUCCGCCCUCUUCUCCUCCUCGGUGUUGCUGUCCGAAACACUGCCAACCAACUCGUUGGUGGUGUUGAAAAGAGUCUGGACUCUGUCAUCACCAACAUCAUUUCCACCCAUGGUCAGCUUGCUAAGCUCCUUGGCCUUUCUAGCCUCCGAGGCAUCUAA